UAAUAUAGGCCUAUACUAUUCACACAAAAUGUGACGAAAUGAUUUGGUUGCCCAGUUAUACACCGUUUAGCCGAGAACGGUUGCCCGACCGGCUGAAGUUAUACAUGCACUACCGACAUAUGUUAUUCUACUCCCCUAGUCGUUUCCGAUGGGAAGUUGGCCAUGCUAUAUGCUCGGCUGGCCAAACGCAAUGAGCUAAAAGUCUUCGGCUGUACAGAAGCGGUUUCCAGGGGCCCGAAACUCGGUGAAACGAAUCCGCAGCUUUGGGAACCCACCGGGUAGUAAUACCUCGAGUAAUACCGGAGGCACCCUGACUGCACCGCCCCCUCGCGAGAAACCCCAGCCCGUGGACUCCAUUCAACCCUACUCUUUCACGCACCAACACCACCACCACCAGGGAUUUUCGUCACACUGGUUUCUUUAUUCUAACCCGUCUCUCUACCUCGCUAUUUUGUGGGGAAAAAACCUAUUCAAAGAGACCAAUACACAACAACAAUUUUUUCUCGUAUUAAAUCCCAAAGCGUUGAUAUUUAACAAAAGGUAACAACCGUAUAUGCAGCCCUGCACAUGUGAAGGCUUUUAGGCCUACCGUGAAUCGACACACUGGCUUUUGGACAUUUUUUUCUUCUUCUCUACUAGAACCGACUCCGUCAUGGUUACGCACCGGGGCCCACCGGCACGGAACACAGCUACUCCACUGCCGCUACCAGCGCAUAUUACGGUUCUCUCCUCCGCAACGCCUGGCUCGUUUUCCUUAUGAAAAGGACAGCCUGUGGACUGCAUGGACGGGCGACCAUGAUUGAUACUAAGCAAAUUCCUAUAUAGAAUGCCAAAUAUACGUUAUUAGUUCAUUUCGAAGUGGUGCGGCUGCUGGGAGUGCGAGGGUUUUUACCAUGGCUCGACAGGACGGGUAUAAAUACGAGGGUGUAGCUGUCGAGAACUUCAAGAUCGACGACGAGCCGAACAACACCAAAGCGUUCGAGGCGAACGGGGCGAACGUUAAGACGAGACAGCCCAAAUCACCUAGGUUCUUCAAGUUGAAGGUCGUCACUGCUGUGUUGGUGGCCCUCAUCAUUCUGAUCGUAGUCAUCGCUAUAGUUUUAGUUUUCGCUACAAGAGAUAAUGUCAAGCCCGUCUUCAGAAACUGCCCACGUCAAGCCACCGCUACCGUCCAUUAUGAGAGUGAAGCGGAAAACAUCAGCGCGAGCUGGGAGACGCCAACGGCCACGGACAACUCGGAGCGGGUCAACCUGACGUCUUCCCACCGGCCCGGGGACAUGUUUGCCCGGGGCACUACCACCAACGUCACGUACCGGGCCGUCGACCCGUCCGGCAACGAAGCUGUCUGCACCUUUCUUGUGUCAGUUUUAGAUUGUGAACCGGAUGAGUGGCGUUGCGAUGACGGAACAUGCAUCUCUGACGCGUUGGUUUGUGACGGCGUUCCAUCAUGUGCUGAUGCUAGUGACGAAUCGUUAUGCGACGACUGCUUGGAAGAGGACUUUUUGUCCCCGUGUGAUGACACAAAGUGUUUACCGGUCUCCUUUGUAUGCGAUGGGAUAGAGCACUGCGAUGACUUCGAAGAUGAAAGAUAUUGCGACGAUUGUGAGGAGAACGGAUUCUUGAGUUGCAACUACGGUUCGCAGUGCUUCCGCUAUUCAGACACCUGCAAUAACAUCAUAGAUUGCCCGCGGUUUAGGGAUGAAUACAACUGUUACGAGUGUGCCAGCAUAUCGACCAGCCAGUGCCAGUCCCUGCUCCCGUACAAUCAGACCUUUUACCCCAACAUUUUCAGCACAGCAGAGGAGGCCAUCGAUUUUUACAUGGACUUCAGCGCCAUCAUGGACUGCCACGAGAACCUUGAACUGUUUCUGUGCGCAUAUCUCUUCCCCGAGUGCUCCAAGUCCGGUUCUCCGCGAUACCUCUGCAGUGACUUCUGCCAGGAGGUGCAGGUGGCGUGCAGCGGCCCCUACGCAGGUGCCCACGACGGCAGGGAGCUGAACUUCUUCUGUGACCGCUACCCGGAGACGACGACUGGGGAGGAGUCUAAAUUGUGCAGGUCACCAUUUGAGGGGUGCGACAUCCGUUGGCCGACGGAGUUGGACCUAUCGAACGGCACGGUCUACGAUCUGUACUCCCCCAGCUACCCGAUGAGCUACCCGAGUGCCUUCGACUGCCGCUGGGUCUUCACCGCCUCCCCGGGCCAGUACAUCAUAUUCGCCCUGGAGGACCUGUCCAUUAACGAUGACAGUGUCUUCAUGGGGCCUGGGGGCGAGGUUGAUUUGGAUGUGGCGUCCUACUACUACCGGAACGAAGUUCGCUAUGGCCGGUGGCUGUUAAAUAUCACCAUUGAAUCCGACCAGGCCUGGUUGCAGUUGGUGACUGGAACGUCCAACGUGGCCAGGGGCUUCCACUUUAAGGUCUUCCAAGUGGAUGCUUUCAACGAGACUUGCGGCGAUGACGAAUUCCUCUGCGACGUGGGCGGAUGCUUUCCGAACACCCGACUGUGCGACGGCUUCGCGGAUUGCUACGACGAAAAAGACGAACUGGAGUGCGAAGUGUGUCCGUAUUACGACCAGGUCAAGUGCGGGGAUGGAUCCUGCAUUCACCGGGUCGCUGUCUGCGAUGAUUACCCCGAUUGCGACACUGAUGAAGAUAACUGCACGUUUUUAUGUCACGAGGACAGCAGCAUCUACUUGAACGAGUUGCUCGUUUGUGACAGCUUCAACGAUUGUGGUAACCAUGCUGAUGAGCUGGUCAAUUGUGCAUGCGUUGAGGGUAGACAGUUUGACUGCGGUGAGCGGUGCGUUCCUCUCAACUAUUUAUGCGACGGCACGAACGACUGUGCGGACGGCAGCGACGAAAUGAACUGCACCUGCUCUAAUUGGAAGCGGCCCUGCGAUGACGGGGCUUGCCUUCCUUUUUGGUUCUUCUGCGACAACUCGGCAGACUGUAGCGACGGGAGUGAUGAACAGGACUGCCCUCCUUGUCCGGGUAAUUAUUACGAGUGUGAUAACCUGGAAUGUAUCUCAGCGGACGGUCUCUGCGACGGAUACUUUGACUGUUCCGACCGGAGCGACGAAGCUUACUGUGUUGGUGUUUUCAUCGAGUGUCCUGCGGACUCGUUCCAGUGCCCUUCCGACAGGCAGUGCGUUCCGGAGCAAGGUAUUUGUGAUGGGAUCGUAAACUGUAAAGAUGGCGAAGACGAGGUUGACUGUGACCAGGCAAUCGCUCCCCAAGACGAAGCCUGUGGUGAACGGCAAAUUGAACUCACCGCGGUCGACCAGAAUUUCACUCUCACCUUCCCGGAGAUCCCCGGCGUUGCGUCCAGCUGUCUGUGGUUCAUCACAAGUCCGCCGGACACCCGAAUCACUGUGACUAAGCUGAAGGAUCACCCGACUAGGGACCGGAUGAGGGUGGGUCACGGGCACGAUCCCACCGACGAGGGCGAGACCUUGGAAUCCUACGACAUCCCGGUCGACAAGGCCUUGGUGUCCAAGGCCAACAAAAUGUGGAUCAAAUUUGAAACGGAGUUGACCUUUCUGACUUUUGAUCUCGUUUUAACGUCGAUAAAAAACGUGUGCCCAGAGGAUCAGAAGCAGUGUUUAUCCAAGUACGAUACAUGCAUCAUGUCGGCCAAUUGGUGCGACCAGAAACCAGACUGUAAGGCCGGCAUGGACGAGAUACAGUGUCUACGUUUGGAGAACCAGGGAGGUUCAGCACAGAGAAAGCAGGGAGUGGUGAUGGUUACCAUCGAAGGUGAUGAGAAGUAUCUCUGUUACGAUGAACAGACCUGGAGCGAUGACGUCGCUGACGUCAUAUGUAAUGAAUACGGCUACGGUUUUAUGAAUGAAACUAGCUUUGAGGACGUCAGCACAUUUGGACCAAUCACAGACGGGUAUUACAUGCUGCACGAAAAGGAGGUUUCGAAACUUCUAUCUCCGGGCCCCAAGCCAGCGCUUUACAAAAUUGUGAAACAUUUUGAGAACUGUCCGUCUCAGAAGGUCAUACGAUUAUCCUGCGAAGAGCAAGAAUGCGGUAGGCAGGGGCAGAUGCCACGGGUAGUGAGCGGUAGGGACGUCCUCCCAGGGGAGGUGCCGUGGAUGGUCUCCCUCAGCCACCCCAAGAGACAGAACGUCGAUCAUUACUGUGGGGGCGCCCUCAUAUCCAACAAGUGGGUCAUCACCGCUGGCCAUUGCGUGAGCGGUUUCCUUGAACCCAAAAUUCUAGCCGGCACUGUCAACCUGACAUCGGAUGAUGGGUACGAGCAGGUCCGACAGAGCAAGCGAAGUAUUCCCUUCCCUUCAUACAUCAACUACAACUACAACGACAUAGCCUUGCUAGAGUUGGAAGUUCCCGUAUCGAUCAGCGACCGGGUCCGGCCAGUCUGCCUCCCUCCAAGGAACGACUCGCAUUUGACGGCGGAAGGCUCCUCGGCGUCCGUCUCUGGCUGGGGAGGCACGGUCCCAUUCGGCUAUACACCUCACAUACUCCAGACGGCGAGGGCGACAAUCAUCAACACGGAGAACUGCAAGAACUUCGAGGAUAUAUCCUACGUCAACGAGAGAGUAGUGUGCUGCAUGAAUCAGUACGGGGAGCAAAAUUCUUGCAAGGGCGAUAGUGGCGGACCUCUUACCGUCUCGGACGCCGGUAAGUGGUAUCAGAUCGGGCUGGUGAGUCGAGGCGGUACCCCGAGCUGCUCGGCACCCAGACAGGUCGUGGUCUACUCCAGACUAGCACAAUUUCUCGAUUUUAUAGAGAAAUACGUAAAAGGUUGAUGAAGCCUGUUAUGCUUUUCUUUUGUUUUUGUUUCUCAAGUUGUUGCUGGAAGGUAUCAUCUGUGCAUUAAAGUUACCUCGUAUACGAGGUUGAAAGAGGGGUAGCAAUGUUUGGCAGUUUGGUAGGGAGUUUUUUUGGGGGAGGUAGGUUUUUUUUAAACUGCCAUAGAGCAUCGUGCUCAAAAGUUUCUCCCCUCAAAAAGCCUUGGCAACCUCUCGAAAGGCCAGUUGCUUGUAUAACAACACUGUAAUAACUGAGAUCCCCCGCCCGACCCCAUCUCACCUAUCCAAGUGAAUCAAUAAUUUUAGAAGCUACACGAUAACGUUUUUCUCUAUCUUGAUUCACUGUCUCUUCUGUCUGUUAAAAUGGAAUCAACAACCGAACAAAACUGUCCCUUGUUUUAGUGAGGAUGCGUAUUAGAUGAAUUAAACGAGUAUUGUUUCAAAGGCAUUCUCUUGAGCCUUGUAUUUACUGUGGCAAAGUUUGUAGCAGAAACUUUGGUUGAUGCUGUGCAUUGUGAUAAAUAAAUGGAGCAAUGAAAACCGAAAUGUAUUUUGGUUGGAAGCUUGGAAAAAACGCCUUGGAUAAUAUUUUAAUGCAUUUCGUUAGUCGGUAAAAGGCAAGGGGACCUGCUUUAAACUCUUGAUGAACGUUUUACUGUUUUGCAAUGAUUUUGACGAACGUUAUGACGAACCUUAUGACGAACGCAUGUGUGGCUUAAUUCGGUCAUUUUGAUAGUUCCAGAGGACCAGCCUGUAGAGUCCUUUUUGCGCCUUUCUCACUUUAUACUGACAAACUCACUCACUGCUGACUCACUGACGAACUGACUGACUGACUGACUCCCCGACUUCAAUCUGGGCUGGGUUAUCGUAUGGGGAUUACCCAUUAACAUACACCAAUGAAUGUGCUAAAUCUGGUCCAUUGUGUAGCCUAUACCAGCCAGAUGCGUGAAAAGACCACUAAUGAAUACUCAUUCUCAAUAUAUUGACUACAUUACUCUGCGCGCUUUGGUAUCUGCACUACAAAGCUCAUCUUAGUUAACUGUGAAUUCCACUAUAAUUAUUAAUUGCGUAAUAAUAAUGAUUAUUACAGCUGUCAUUUCCCAGUGCAAGAUUAUGUCUUACACGUUUUAUAACCUGUUUAAAUACACGAAAUUUACAUUUUUGUAGCCGAUUUGGUGGGUUUUGUUAGCUUUGAAUUUUCCAUGUACUAUUUAUAUAAGACCGUUUUCUUUAAGGAAAUUUGAUUGAAGAGUACUUAAUGUAUCAGCAUAUUCAUAAAUGGGCAUGAUGCAUUUCUACUGAGCAAGUAAACAAGUAAACAAUAACAUAUAUCAAAAGAUUUUGCUCUGCGGAAUAACUGAUUAUGAAGAUUGGUGAGAAAUGUUUAAGUAAAAUUGUACCGUGUCUUAUGUCACACUAAUUUUUCCUCCGUACUAUAAUUACUAACGAACAGCACUUUUAUGGUGAAAAAUAGAGUGUGAGGGAUGCGUACACGUGAAAAUGUAUUUUUGUUUGAGAUUAAAAUUGAACAUGGAGUUUCCAAUCUGAGUGCGCACCAAGACAUUUUUUUAAGGAUAUUUAACAAUUGUUGACUGCUGUGAUGUCGGAUAUGACGUUUUGAACACCCGAGGGGCGCGUAGCACCCAAGUCAACAAUUGUUUUGUUAUACCUCUGUCUUGGAUUCUUUGGACUUUGAAAACACGAAAACAAACAUCAGUAAACAGCAACUAUCAUGACAAUCGAACGUCAACACACAUGCAUGUCGCGUACCGUGCUUGAAACUGCUGCUCGUCUGCUAGUUCGCUGCUCCAACUCAUGAAAAUAGCGUGGGUACCAACAAUGCAAGCGUUUCACACCGUACGUACCGUACGCACAAAGUCAUAGCACACUCUCUGUGUGUGAUAUCCCACAGGGAGUGUGCCGUGACUUUUUAUAAACUUAACACGUGAUCGUUUUAAGCCAAUGAAAAUACAGUAUUCCAGACAGAGGUAUAACAAUAGACGUUGGCUUGGAACGUUUUGAAAAGGUAUGUAAAAAAAAACUUGUAACUAUACCUAUUAUAUGUAUUAACUUGGACAUUACUCAUUUUAAGUUGUACAAACUGUAAAAUGUUAUAGCAAAUAGUUCUUAGACUUUUGGAAGUAUUGGUACAUGAAAAUUUUUUAAGUUACGCAAUGUACCAAAAGAGGACUUUUUUCUGCUAAAGAACGUUCGUUUGGAGAUAUUCAUUUCGUGCCAAUUUGAAUAAUUAUCGUAAUGUCAUAGUACAUUUCACUGGAUACGAAAAUAUUAGCACACGAAAUUUCCGAUUGGUUGUGGACACGUCAAAUAUUUGAACUAUUUAUUACAUUAAUUCAAUUGUUAUCAUUUUACUCUUAGUACCUGUUUUAAUACGAAAACACUUGUAAAGAUUUUGUAUGUGUUCAACUCAUAGUAGUGUUAAAAUUACACUAAUUAUUAAUAGUAGUUUAGCUCACGAUGAAGUAGUAAUAGCGUUUUUUACGAGUACUAUUAUAUAUGCUGAAAAUUUUCUAAUGAUUUACAUUCCUUUAUUGACUCAAACCCCUCUCUAAAUCAAUCACAUUUCUUGUUAAAUGUCGUGUAAUAAACCAUUUUAUGUCCCACAACA